AUGAUAUACAUGGCUGAAGACACAAGUCUGGCUUGUUGCUGUGUGAUCAAGAAGCUGCCUGAUAUUACCACAGAGCGCUGCCUGGAGGCCAAAAGACAGAAUGCAGCAGCUAUGUUAAUCCUACUCCCCCAAAACAUUUCUGCUGUACCAGAGGAUAUAGUGCAGGGCUUCAUGGUGACUGAAUCUCAGAUCUUAAAGAAGGAAACUCUAAUGCCUGUGUAUGCAGUCCCAGAGGACGACCAGCUGCUCUGCAUGUAUGAGGAGGUCAAUCAAGCUGCAGCCACCAAGUCUGCCUCUGCAUUAGUGAGAGUUCUCCGUUGUGCAGUAACUGCAACAGUGUUUCAAAUAAUAGUGAGCAACAACACCCCUAUCGAACCAAUUACUGGUACCACCAUCAUUACUUUAGAGGGAGUACUUCUUGGAGCUGGAGAAGACCCUAUUGUAAUUAUGGCCCAUUACGACACAUUUGGUCUUGCACUGCCCACUACGCCACCACUGGUUGAGAUCCCCUGGGUGAGAUAUGGAGCUGUCCAUAAAAAGAUCAACCUGCAGGAAACCACAGUGGCUUGGAAACAUGAGCACUAUGGAAUGAAACAAUUCCCAGGAUUUACACUGUCGCACAUUGAGAACCCCAAAUCUGAGCUGCGAGAGUCUAUGCUGGACACGAUGUGA